AUGACGUCAUCGCCAAAGUCUCCCGUGAUAGCCGCUCAAACCGCAAACAUCUCCAACGGCAAGUCGGAAAAUUAUUCGGAAUUAACGGAAUCAACUCAUCCCUACAUCAUGGAAAUCAUUUGGCGAAAUGUCCUUGUCUUUAUUGGUCUCCACGUGGGCGCACUCUACGGAUUGCUGCUCUUCCUGACGGCCGCCAAAGUGGCCACUCUAGUCUGGGCGUACUAUUUGUUUAUUGUGGGGGGAUUCGGCAUAGCCGCCGGUGCCCACAAACUCUGGUCUCACCGCUCCUUUAAGGCCAUCCUUCCGUUCCGUAUUUUGAUCGCUGUGGCGCAAACGAUCGCUCUCCAGGAUGACAUCUACCAGUGGAGUAGGGAUCACCGGGUCCAUCACAAAUUUAGCGACACGGACGCCGAUCCUUACAAUUCCCGGCGCGGAUUCUUUUUCUCUCACGUCGGCUGGCUCUUGUGCAAGAAACAUCCCGAAGUGAUUAGACGAGGCAAGACGGUGGACGCCACCGAUCUAUUACAAGACCCCGUCGUAGUCUACCAACGAAAAUAUUACGUUCCGUUGGCAUUGGUGUGUUUUGCGUUGCCGGCCAUUGUGCCUUGGUACUUUUGGGGCGAGUCGUUCAAAACAGCUUUUUUCGUCGCUUCCGUCUUUCGUUACGUAUUCACACUCCACGCCACCUGGCUCACCAACAGCGCCGCCCACAUUUGGGGCUAUCAUCCCUACGACAAACAGAUGAAACCGUCCGACAGCCGACUGGCUGCCAGUUUCAGUCUGGGCGAAUGGCACAACUACCAUCACGUUUUCCCCGGAGAUUAUAGAGUGGCUGAAUUGGGGAGUUGGAGAAUGAGUGCCACGGUCGUUGUCAUCGAUUUAUUCGCCUGGCUGGGUUUAAUUUACGACCUGAAGACGGUCUCGCCAAAGAUUGUCCGCAGCCGCGUUCUCCGGACGGGAGACGGCACUCAUCCCUAUGCCUUAAUGGAGAAUUGUCCGCUGACUUAUUCCGGCGAUAGCCAAAACCACAAUGUCGAUGGCGAAAUUUUUAAAAGCGGGCCUUCCGAAUAAUAACUGAAAGUUUACGAGAGUUGCAAA